ACUCUGGGAACAGGGAGAGGCCCGCGGAGGAGACGCAGCGGUCCCCAGAGCUCGGCCGGAGGGGGAGACAUGGGCGUCCCCACGAGCCCCGGAGAUGGCGGCAACCAGGAGGGGUCCGAGCGCCCUGAGGACCACGGCCAAGCUGGGGAGCCCGGCGAGCAAGAGGUCUCCGAGGCCCCUGGGGAAGCCGGGAGCCUCCACGUAGCCUGCAGGGAGGAAGAAGACGAAGAGGGGAGCAGUACGGAGAGCGGGCGGGACCAGAGCGAAGCCUCGCCCCCUGCCCCACCUGCUGUGGAGGGGCCACGAGGGGCAGCUCGGCGUCUAAGGGGGCAGCAACUGGAGGCGCUGACCCGGGUGGCACUGAUGGAGCAGCGGGUCAAGGAGCUCCAGCAGCAGCGCAAGGAGCUAAGGAUCGAGGUGCUGACUCCCAGGCUCCUCCCUCCAGGACCCCUGCUUCCCUAGGCUCCCAGCCCCCUCCC